GUAACCACAUAGCUGUUUUGUUCUUCUUGUGAGUUUUUUGAGUUUUGUGCCAUUUUAAAAGAAAAAUGUAGUUGUAACAAGAUUACUUGUGAAACGGAAUCUUGGAACAGAACUAGGUAUCAUGCAACAGGUCUAAAGCUACUUAUGAUUCAAGACAAUGCUGUGUGUUUGAAGUCGGAUGUUACUCGAAGAACGUUGCACUUCACUGUGUUCAAGCAAGUAAUCCUGAUGGAGAAGUGCAGCCCCAGAAUCAAUGUUUAGCUUGAUGAAUGACUGAAAAGAGAAUAAUUUUGAGUGCAUCAAUCUGAAAGGAAAAGGUUAAAAUUGUUUAAUGAAGUGAUAAUGGGAACGUAUGAAAAAAUGGGAAUACAGUGGUGAUAAGUUUAAUAGCAAACUGUCAAGCCAAAAAUGCAAUGCAACAUUAAGAACCUAUUGAACCUACGCAGUUCAGAAAAUUUUCUCUCAACCUGUUGGUCUGGGAAGCUGCCGUGAUUUGCACACAAAUUUGUGGCACUAAACUAUCAAACAAUAGUGACACUUGAAAUUGGAUAGACGUAAGAAUGGAAAUGGAGGUGGAUAUCAAAUCCCUCAAAAAUCUAGAACGUGAGAAUGUGCUGGAAGUCCUUCAGCGGGAUGAAAAGCUACGUAAAGCUGAAGAAGAGCGGAUAAGAAAGUUAAAGUCUGAAUAUCAAGAAAUUUGGCGGAAUGGGACAAAAAUCUCUCGGCAGGCAUUUAGCAACCGAUCCUGUGCUCGAUGUCAGACAACCCUAGGAUUGGUAUUUAAAGUUGGUGUGGUGUGUAGCUAUUGCAGUCACAAAGUGUGCCAUGAAUGCUGUGUGUAUAAAAAGAAUAAUGUGUGGAGAUGCAUGGUGUGUCAAGCUCACAGACAAAUGAAGGAGAAAUCUGGAGAAUGGUUCAUUGAGGAAAGAGCGAAGAAGUUUCAGCAGAAGAAAGGUAAACAUGAAACAGUUAGUGAGAAGCUGUUACAGACUUUUCAAACACUGAGUAAUAUUGCCAUUGUACCUCCUACUCCUCCGCCUGUGGAACUUUUAAAGGAAGAUAAGCACUCAAAAGGAUUCACCAGAUCAAUGGAGAACUUGUUUUGGUCGCUCACUGGCCACAUCAAACAAAUCUCCAAGUCCCAAGAAGAUGUGAUGAAGAGCAAAUUACUUACAGCAAAUUAUGGGUCAGAAGCCGGUGAACUAAAGAAAGACAGAAGAAGUCAGUCGGAUACAGCUUUAACCAGCUCUUGUAAGGAUAGCAUAUACAGCAUCAACAGCACGUGCACAGAACCAGAGACUUUGGACAAUGUGAAUGUUACUGGUGAAAUUGAGCUAUGUAUACGGUACAAUUUUCAGGCUGUGGCACUGGAAAUCUACAUUAAAGGAUGCAAAAAACUAGCUUAUGGAGAUGAGAAAAAAAAACGAUGUAACCCGUAUGUGAAGACCUAUUUGCUUCCUGACAAAUCACCUCAGAGUAAGUUGAAGAGCACAGUGAAGAAGAACUCGGUGAAUCCAGUUUUUAAUGAAAUAUUAAGGUAUAAUAUUGAAAGAUCGCAGUUGGACUCAAGGACACUUCAAGUCUCUGUUUGGCACUGUACAAUGCUCAAACGGAAAGUGUUUCUCGGGGAAUUGCUGAUUCCUUUUGGAGAUUGGAAAUUUGAAGAGAAUUUCACUCAGUCAUAUAACUGGUACCACCUACAAGAUAAGAUACUGCCAGACUAGAAGAAUUAUGUAGCUUCAGGUAGAAGUAACCAUUUCCAUGAACAACUGCACCAUGAAAGACAUUUCUGGAAAUUAAAUUUCCAGGCUGCUAAGGGAAAAGAUCAGAAGUGAACCCUCAGGUGCAAAGAAUCAUUUUGGACUGAUUCUAGGAGAUUUGAAUGUUUACUUAAUGUGUAAUGUGUACUUCAUAGAUCAAUUCAAUUGUAUUUAAAAGUUAUGUUUACAGUUUAAAAUAUGAAUUGCCAACAAAAGUGCUAUUUAGUCAUAUUUUUAGUCUGUUUAUUACUGUACACAUCUUCAAAUAUGAAAUCUUCCAUUAUCCAUUCAGCUAUUAACUGAAGGAUCGAAUUUUUGAAAGUUAUUAGAAGUUUUUACAGGGAUCAGAACAUGCAUUUAAUGUAUCCAUAGUGUAAAAUGCUUAUAUAAAUGCUUUACAGUGGUUGUAGCACUAUUAUUGUCAUGAAAAGAUUACUAAAUCACAACUCAUUCCAAAUAUGUUGGGGCUAAGAUCUGCGAUUUCUUGAAUCCUGCUGUAUCAACUCUUUGUCAGGUAUGUAAGUAGCCACCAUAGUCUCAUCAAACCACAGCGCUGCUCUCUCAUUGAAGAGAAAGAUAACUGAUGGUCUAACGUGAAGAUCACCACACCUCAGGUAAGGGGAGACUUUGAGAGGAAAGUUUUCUUUGCUAACCUCAGCCAGUGUGGGAAUUGAACCCCUGCUGUUGGCUUCACUGUAGACUGCAAACCAGCCAUCCAAGCUAAUCAGUCCUGUCUGUCAUGUAAUGGGUAUGAAAUGUGAGAGGUGAAUUGAGCAAUAUCAGUUGUUGUUAUGGCUCACUUAGCAGCAUUCUCAACUCUGAAUCACAAGUUCUGGGUUCAAAUGCCACUCCAGAACAGUAUCUGAGACAGACACACAAGCAUAGUCCUGGGGGAGUGCUGUACCUUUGGAGGUCUUUUAGAUGAUAUGUUAAACCAAGGCCCCAUCUGGAAGGAUACAAACAACCAUAUGGCAUUAUUUUAGACAAUGGUACACUGGUACUUCUCUGUAUGCAAACAUGUUGCCACCUUUCCUGCAACAGUAAUAAUAAUUCAGAUACUUCACUGACUGUAAAGCCUUUUGAGACAUCUAGUGGUUGGGAGAAGUACUGUAUAAAUUUAGAUCUUUUUCUCUCAUGUUUUGGAAAUGAGUUAUGAUUAGUAAUUAAUCUCCUUUUAUCAAGUCUGCUAUUGUAAAGACCAUGUCUUUUUAUUUUUCUAUAUUUUCAAUUGUGGUUAAAAUGGGGAAAGAAUUGUUUUCAAGUCCAGGAUUGCUGAAGGAUUACUGCAGUUUUUGAAAGCAAGUAACCUGACACACAUUGUAUGUGCUACUUACACAACAACUCUUUGAUGUGUAAUGUGCUGGCGAUCUGGAGCCAAGAGUGUACAAAUAGAGAUUAAGUCAGCAAAAAGUGUCUAAUUGGUCAUGCACAAGUGAGCAGUUAUUGAUGACAAAGGCCUUCAUUAUCAGCUGAACAGCUUAGGCUAUAAAGAUAGCAAGGAAACAAUAAGAUAUCCACCUGCUCGGGCUAUGUCUGUUCUUUGCAGCAGAAUCUACUUCAAGCCUGUAGAUAACCAGUUUAUUCUUUCUCCAGUUGCUGUAAAGUGUGAAAUUUAAUUAAUGAGUCAAAGACCUUUUAUAAGUGUUAUCCAUUCCCGUGUACCAUCCGACAAAGGAAAACUGGAAACAACAUUUUAAUCAGCACAAGAAUCAUCUCAACUAUCCUCUGAACAGAGAUUACUGAAUUGCUUUUCCAGUUUUUCUCUCUGCCUAACACUCAUUAUUUCUUAUUUUUGUCUGUAUCUCUGUGUGCAUGCAAGGGGAAAUUUAUAAGGGGAUUAGAGUUUUAAUGCGUAA